AAGCUCACGCCAAGAUGAAGAGAAAAGAGAUUCAAAUAUAUAUUUUCUUGGCCUUCAUCCUCAUUGCUUCUCAAUGUUGUUACUCCACAGCUAUGAGGAAUAUUCACACUGCAGAAUCAGUUGGUUUCUUCAAGCUCAAACCUUCACAGGCAAGAGAAAGCUCAGCUGCAGGAUACAUGUCAGCUCCUUGGAUCAACAAAUCAGGAAUGAAGGACCAAAAAGCUGCUCAUAAGGUUCCUUCAGGACCCAGCCCCAUUGGUAAUCGGCACCCACCAAUAUCCAGGCGUGGUUGAGAGGUGCAUUUAUCAUGCUCGGCAAGCAAAAAAUAUGGUGAAGGGCAUUUUUGUUAGUGGGAUUGGUCAGAUACUAUGUAGAAGUAAUGUUUUUCCGUGGCAUACUUGCAGAAGGAUGUUUUUUUAUUUGGAUUAAGGAAGGUCAUUCAUAUGAAUUGGUUUUAAUAUGAGUACUUUUAACACUAACAGCAUGAAAUGUUUUUGCAUGCUCGAAGGAUUCUCAAAACUGUGUCACAUAUGCUGCUGAAUUUUAAUUUGGAAUAUGUGGUACAAACAUCUGUUUGCAGGAACAUAAGGUAUAUAUAACUGCAAAUUUUCUUUCUA